GGCAUUCAGCUCUGAGUGUCUCAGGGAGCUAACAUUCACCACAUUGUACCGGCUUUGCAGAGAACCAACCCACAAGAUGCUGCAUGGCGGCUUUCUCCUGAAAUCUUCAGUGUUCAGUACAGAAUAAAGUGCAGAAAAACCAGGAAACUUGCAGAUGUGGAACAGGACCAUUUAGUAAAUACAAACCACUGUUUCAUCUACCUCUCGUUUUACAUUUCUUUCAUCAGCAGGUGCAGCAUUUGGGUUUCAUUUACGGAACAUCUGCUAGAAGGAUCUUCAAUAUGAUGGAUACAGGGGGCUUAUCCUUUGAAGCGAGGCAGAGGACAGAGCCAUCAUCAUUGGCAGAACUGAGCUCUGCACAGCCCAAGAAGAACUCUCUGCAUUACAGGCUGCAGCUGGUGGGCUUCUUACCUGUGCACACCCUGACCACCAUGCCCAUGCUACCUUGGAUUGUAGCAGAGAUACAACGCCACAGCAGCCAGGGAGUCAGAUCUGCAUUGAUACCCCGCUGGGUUAAGCUCUACAUCUCCCAGGCAGCGGUGUGGUGUGAAAUGGACGCCGGACACAGCCAGCAGUGGGACCCCUUAAACUACAAUAUCAUCUUUGAACAUCAGCCCCAGUGUGUCUACAAACUCAUUCACAACAGCAAUGACCCGAGCUACUUCGCCUGUCUGAUCAGAGAACCAGGGUCUGGUCUUAUAGGCAAUAAGAGCACCUGCUAUGUAUUUCGGUCUGCUGAUCAAGCCAAGGUCCCUGAAAUCAUCAGCACUAUCCGGCAAGCAGGAAAGACAGCCCGUCAGGAAGAGGCCCAUUCUCGAUAUCACGACCCAGAUGACGCCUUCUCCAAAAAGUUUGAGGUUUUGUUCUGUGGACGAGUGAUUGUAGCACAUAAAAAAGCCCCCCCAGCACUGAUUGAUGAAUGUAUAGAGAAGUUCAAUCACAUCAGCGCAAAGAAAAAGGAUGGAGAGACUACUUCUGACCAAGACGUUUCCUUGGAUCAGCCACAACGCUCUUCGGCAGCAACUGGCAAGCAUGCAUUAUUCUUCCAAGCUGCAGCCAAUGGGAUAGACUGCAGCAAGUUAGGGAACUUUAGCACUGCCAAUCCCAGUUGCCAAAAGACUGUGUUUCUGAAAAGAGACUCAAGUCUCGCAUCUAUCGCUACUAUUGAUGAAAAUGGAGUUUCUCCAGAGAUACGGAGGCGUAACAUCAGUGAGCCUUGUGGAGUCCAACCAACAGAUAUCCAAGCAAACAGGACGAUGUUGUUUACGAUCGGGCAGUCUCAGAUGUACCUCAUUAGUCCAGACACAAAGAAAGUUGCCAUUGAGAAAAGCUUUCGAGAAAUCUCCUUCUGUUCUCAGGGAAUCCGUCAUGUGGAUCACUUUGGCUUUAUCUGCAGAGAGUCUUCAGAGAAUGGAAACUGCCAUUUUGUCUGUUAUGUGUUUCAGUGUACAAACGAAGCACUGGUUGAUGAAAUCAUGAUGACCCUUAAGCAGGCUUUCAGUGUCGCUGCUGUGCAUCACAAUUCAAAAACACAGGCGCUGCAAUGUGAGAGCUGCCCAAUGCAGCAUCUACACAAGCUCUGUGAAAGAAUUGAAGGUCUGCAUCCAUCAAAAGCUAAGAUUGAACUUCAGAAGCAUCUAUCAACUCUAAAUAACAAAGAAACGACAGCAAUAUUUGAGGAGGUCCUGAAAGUGAGACCAAAAUGUGAAGAUGAAGAAAAUGAACUGAUUAUUUCGAGCUUGAGGAGCCUGUAUGAGGAGAAACAGAAGAACCAUUCCCAUAGUUACAAUAGGGAGGUGAAGCAGCCCUCGCAGAACUGCUCAGAAGAUGUGCCAAAUGAGUUGCAGAUGAGUGCUGGACGGUUACGACUGGAACAGCUGAAAACUCGAGCCAAAAGAUCUCUCGCCGAGUCUCUGGAAGGUAUUUUAUCCAGGACGGGUAACAAACCUAGGCAUCGGAAGGAAAGCUUUGAAAGUGUGGAUACAGAUAACUCCUCUUCCAACACAGCCCUUCACAGUAUAAGCAGGGAGCCUUCCAUUACCGAUGCUCUUGCACAGCCACUCACUGCAAGCCCUGUGAAGGCACAUAGGUCCACAGGGGACCUGAAGAGGCUGGACAACCCUUCCCAUAAGUCACCUCAGCAUGAGUUCAGACAGAGGUCCAAAACUCUGAGUCACCUGCCUAUUCACAGCCAGCAGCCAGUGGAGGAGUCGCCAAGCAUCCCCAAGCUCAGGCUCAUGAGGCAUUACUCAAUGGGCACGGACACACCACAUGAAUGCAGUAGCACCCUGAGCACCUCUCACCUUAGCGGCCUGCGGGCAAGACUUCGCUCUUCUUCUUCUGUCCCCAGUUUUCUGAAAUUUCUGGCUCCAGUAGCUGAAAACAGCGCCGUUGACUUUAAGAAAAGUGACUUGAGGCACAGGUCCAGUCCUGGAGGCAAUGGCUGUGACAGUCCAGUGAGGAGUCGCCGGCAUUCAUGGCGACAGCAGAUCUUUCUCCGAGUAGCAACACCACAGAAAGGCUGUGACUUGCCCAGCAGAUAUGAAGACUGGGCAGAUGUAGCUGAACUGCCCUCAAGAGUGUCUCUGGCUCUUGCGUGUGGAGAUGGUCUCCCGGUUCCAGUGGUACAAGAGAAAAACAAGACUGAGCAUGAGCUCCGGGAACUGUGGAGGAAAGCCAUCCUGCAGCAGAUACUUCUCCUGAGGAUGGAGAGAGAAAACCAGAAACUGCAAGCUUCUGAGAGCGACCUUCAGAAUAAACGGAUUAAACUAGAUUAUGAAGAAAUCACUCCCUGUCCGAAGGAGGUAACCCUAAUCUGGGAGAAGAUGCUGAACAUGCCUGGAAGAUCGAAGGUCAAAUUUGACAUGGAAAAGAUACAUGUUGCUAUGGGCCAAGGUGUACCUCGACAGCACCGUGGAGAAAUCUGGAAGUUUCUAGCUGAGCAGUACCAGCUUCAUCACCCAUUACCCAGCAAACACCAAGCAAAAGACACGCCAUAUAAAGAACUGUUAAAACAGCUCACCUCUCAGCAGCAUGCCAUACUUAUUGAUUUAGGCCGCACAUUCCCAACACAUCCCUAUUACUCUGCUCAGCUGGGAGCAGGGCAGUUAUCCCUCUAUAACUUGCUGAAGGCAUACUCUCUGCUGGAUCCAGAAGUUGGCUAUUGUCAAGGCUUGAGCUUUGUUGCUGGAGUCUUGCUGCUUCAUAUGAGUGAGGAGGAUGCUUUUGAAAUGCUGAAGUUUCUCAUGUACGACGUGGGCUUGAGAAAACAGUACAGGCCCGACAUGAUUAUCUUGCAGAUCCAAAUGUACCAGCUGUCUCGCUUGCUCCAUGACUACCACCGAGACCUGUAUAACCACCUGGAGGAGUUUGAGAUCGGCCCCAGCCUCUAUGCUGCACCAUGGUUUCUAACAGUGUUUGCCUCUCAGUUUCCGCUGGGUUUUGUUGUCAGAGUCUUUGAUAUGAUCUUUCUUCAAGGCGCUGAAGUCAUCUUUAAACUGGCUCUGAGUCUGCUGGGAAGCCACAAGCCCUUGAUUCUUCAGCAUGAUAACCUGGAAACUAUUGUGGAUUUCAUCAAAAUCACCCUGCCAAACCUUGGCUUGGUACAGAUGGAGAAAACCAUUAUCCAGGUGUUCGAGAUGGACAUCUCAAAGCAGUUGCAGGCCUAUGAAGUUGAAUACCAUGUGCUUCAGGAUGAACUGAUGGACUCCGGCUUGCCUUUAAGUGACAACGAAAAGAUGGAAAAGCUGGAGAAGACCAAUAGCAGCCUGCGUCAACAGAACAUUGAUCUUCUGGAGGAGAUACAGGCUGCUCAUGCAAAAAUUCACUAUCUAGAAUUGAAUAUUGAGAAUUUUGUCAAAAAUGAAGGGAAUUUAACACAGGCCAUCCGCACAUUGGAGCUAGAGAGAUCGGCGCUGCUGAACAGAGUGGAAGAACUACAGGGAUGUAUACAAACUCAGGACUUCACUGAAGAUAAGACUGUGCUGGAGCAGCCCUGACCGUGUCACAUUUACAGGAUUUUAGUUUAGAUUUUUGACGACGAUGUGAGUAGUUGUCCUUCAACAGACUGUUUUUAAUCUGGAAAAUAGUCUAAAAUAUUUUGAGAACUCAAGCAGAACACUCAAUAUCUCACUUUUAUAAAAUGGCUUUCUUAUCUUAGUGGGUUUUAAUGUAACUUUAAAAUUGUUGCUUUUGUAUUAUUAUAUGUAUACUGUUAUUUAAAUGGCCUGAUUGUGGCAUUUGUUUGUGUGACAUGCCAUACACAUGUAUUGUGGUUUGUUCUUUUUUCUGUACAGUGCUUUGGGAUAGUUUUUGUAUAAAAAAGCACUAUAUACAUUCAAUAAAUAAAUAUAAAAUAAAUAGACAUAGCCAACACCCUCAAAAUGUAACCAUUUGUUUCAUUAAGCAAAACAAAGCAUGGCAAUGUUUUUCCAAGUGUUCUGAGAACAGGAGAAACAUGGAGACCUUUCUCAAGGCUUGUUUUCUCUUGAAGAAUGGCAACUGAAUAGCUUGUGUUAAAGUGAACUGAUCUUUUAACUGCACCUAUUGCUUUAUACAUUUCAUAUUGUUUGAGUGAAAUUCCAGUAAAUAGUUGUUGUUUUAUGACCAUUACCCUGUGUCUGUUGGAUUCCUUUUAGAUUUUAGGGUUCUUUACUGCACUUUGUUUUGACAUUCUUGGGUUUCCAUGCGGGUCAGUUUACAUGUGAAUGGUGAUGCGCGUGCACGUUUGGGAGUAUUACUUGUGUGAAUGAAGUUUGUGGCUUCAAAAAACAGCCAAAGAGAGGGAUAGGGUAAAUCUCAAUUACUUGUGUAAAUGACGAAACUCACAGGAAAUCCAUGCCUUAUUUCGCAUGGAAACACGCAUUUCACGUGUAAAUAUUAAUGAGCGUGUUUAUCCUUAACUAUAAAUAUUGCAAGGGAGCAGGUCAGUUGUUACUGUGGAUUCCAAGACGGCAGAAAGUUGUGGCUGAUGGUUGAUUUUACGGUUAGCAGUGGUGUAGUUCACUUUAAUGAUAAUGCGGGCAGCUUUUUUUAUUAUUGUUUUUUGC